AAUUACUGAGACGUGCCAGAAUUUUCUAGCAGGCUGUAUACCAUCUGAGGUCUUAAAUUAUACGAGUCCCUACAUCAUUAAAUACAGGUGGUUCACCCCCUCGUUUCCCGCCAACUCUCAGCCUGGCCAGACAAGUGUGCCUGUUGACUGAGGCAAGCAUGGCAUUUAAAACCAGGGAUAUAUGUUGCAUUUCGGUCAAACACACACAACACGGCACAGGCUCAUGGACUCUGGACUCAACAUGAUGCCCUUGCUCACUGGGGUGGCGAUACUCUUCGUCGUUCAUACCAGUGCAAGCUCUCCGCCUCAGACUCAAUCGAGCAGUACCACCCGGCCAACGCCUAUCAUUGAUGACCAGGCUGUCGCAAACGUGACGGUGACACCGACACCUAUUAUUGAGGAUCAGGCGAAUAUAAAGGAUCACACAAGCAUCAUGGACAGCACGCAUGAAGAGCGAGAGAAAAGCCGGGAAGAUCAUUUGAAAUUGACUCGCAACUUCCUGGAAACCAACCCGGAGAGAGUAGAGGAUCACGAAGGGGACAUGCUGCUGACGCCGGAGCAGUGGCAAGCCAUCACGGGGCGGAAGGCGACUGGUAAUGUGUUCAGAAGAUGGCCAAAGAAUGCAGUUACAGGCCUCGUUAACGUCCCCUUUUUAUUCGCUGACAAUGAGGUGGAUCGAAGGGCGGUGUUCGCGGCAAUCAAUCACUGGGAGACGCACACUUGCAAACGAUUUCAUCUAACAGACAACACUGCGCAGCCACACCUCCGCUUCAUGAAAGGGCAAGGGUGUUACUCUUACGUGGGUCUCGUCUUUCAAACCGGCCAGGAUGUGUCAAUAGGAGAAGGAUGUACUAGGGUAAGUCAACCAGUUGUUAGUGUUGAAUUAAUAGGAAUAUUAGACAAAUUUAUGGAUGGGAUGAUGGGUGGAAAUACGCGUAGCUAGGUAUGUGUUAUAGAGAAACUGCCACGUGUAGGCUGGAUGACCUCUCGCAACGUCCCUUAUUUUCUUAUGUUUUCGUAUACUUCAACCAUACGAUUUGAAUUAUUUAUUUAUUUUUUUAUUUAUUUUAUUUUAUUUUAUUUUAUUUAUUUAUUUAUUUUAUUUAUUUAUUUCAUUUAUUUAUUUAUUUUUAUUUAUUUAUUUUAUUAUUAUUAUUUUUUUUUUUUUCAAGAGGGAACUAAGGGAUUCUUAGGGGCCAGUGGAUAUUACAGGCGUUUUUGUAAAAAUUUCUCUGAUGUUGCCAUGCCCCUGACCAAGUUGCUGAAUAAGAAGUCAAAAUUUUGUUGGGAUGAGCAUUGUGAGGAAGCUUUUGUGGAGAUUAAGAAAAUGUUAGUCAGUGCCCCGGUGCUGCGCAUGCCUGAUUAUGAAAAACCAUUUGUAUUGUACGUGGAUGCCAGUCAGAAUGGUGUGGGUGGUGUGUUAAUGCAAGAACAUGAGGGAAUGGAGCACCCCAUAGGCUAUUAUUCUAAGAAGUUGUUACCAUAUCAAAGGGCUUACAGCACUAUUGAGAAAGAGGCUUUGGGCCUAGUGCUGAGUUUGAGUCAUUUUGAAGUGUACGUCAAAGGGACGGGACAGCCUGUGCAGGUCUUCACCGACCACAAUCCGCUCAUUUUCUUGCAUAAAAUGAAAAACUCCAAUCAGAGGCUGAUGAGGUGGUGCCUGGUCUUACAGGACUAUAACUUAGAGAUUCACCAUGUGAAAGGCAGUGAGAAUAUUAUUGCCGAUGCCUUGUCCCGCGCACCACCUAGUCGUGAGGCAUCCUAAUCAGGUGCCUCACGCCUCUUUUGGGAAGGGGAUGUCAUGUUAUUGGCCGAGUUUACCUUGAAUGGGAUCAUGUUUUCUUAGUGUCCCCGUGUUCCGGUUACCUGCCAUUCGGGCAUUAUCCUUAUUAUUGUUAUAAGUAGUGUAAGGCUUAUUUACCCAUUUUAUAUCAUGUAGUAUUAUCCUCUUCAAAAUUUAAGUUCUCUAUAUCUUUGUAUGUAUAAGGAAGGAAGUACAAUUGAGGUGAAAUACGUUGAAAACGAGGGGAGCUUGAGUGGGCAACAACACAUUCCAAGGAGGGGAAAAGGCAGAGCGCCUUAGGCCGUGAGGAAAGGUGGAGGGAAGGCGUCUCUCAGGGAAGGAUCUUGGUGUGGAUUGGUGAUGGAGUGAGUUUGUGGAGGUAUUAGUGGUGUAGCGGUAUAACCUUGAUAUCCAGGAUCAGGUUAGUGAGUCUUUUGUGGUACCAAGAGCUCUUGUCCGCUGAAAUUCGGUUGUUGAGUUGUGCCGGUGACGCUGUUGGGAGGAGUCAUAGGUCAAACUGGCAGCCAUUUUGUGAGUGGAGGUUGUGGUGUUGACCUUGGAAGUUGGUGUUGUGGUGUAUUGGUGAUUUUGGGGACGAUGUUAUGGUGUUAUGGGUAAUCUUUGGUGAUAAUGGUAAUCUCCUGUGAGGCUUGAGGAGGUGAAAUACGGGAAUUAUUGUCUGGGGACGCGGUAAUGGCGUCCGGGUAAAAUUCCUGCGGUUGAGGGGAAAUAUUUCUGUGACUGGUGGAGGUGUAAACGGGUUCUGGUGACGUGGGAAGUGACGAGAACGUCAUGUAGUAACGUGUACUACCUCAUGUUGUUUGUGAAUUAUUAUUAGUAUUAAUAUAUGUGCUUGUAACAUAGAAUAAUCGUGUU